UGAACUCUGUCCACUGCGUUUUGUCUUCGAAACCCCUUUCUGAAGGAAAUAGUCUGCUGUAUCAAGGGCUUCCCCAGCUGAAGCUGACAUGAUGAGGGCAGAUUUUAUUUUGAUAUUCAUCGCCCUUUGUACCACUCCAGCAGCCACUGCAAGACUUCAUUCAAUGGCUGAAAAUGAAGAUGCCCUCCUCAGACAUUUAUUCCAAGGGUAUCAGAAAUGGGUCCGCCCAGUAUUAAAUUCGAAUGAUACCAUAAAAGUAUAUUUUGGACUGAAAAUAUCUCAGUUGGUAGAUGUGGAUGAAAAGAAUCAGCUCAUGACAACCAAUGUGUGGCUUAAACAGGAAUGGACAGACCACAAAUUGCGUUGGAAUCCUGAAGAAUAUGGUGGCAUUCAUUCCAUCAAAGUUCCAUCAGAAUCUCUUUGGCUUCCUGACAUAGUUCUCUUUGAAAACGCCGAUGGCCGCUUCGAGGGCUCGCUCAUGACCAAGGUGAUGGUCAGCUGGAAUGGCUCGGUGGUCUGGAACCCGCCCGCCAGCUACAGGAGCUCCUGCACCAUGGAUGUCACCUUCUUCCCCUUCGACCGGCAGAACUGCUCCAUGAGGUUCGGGUCCUGGACCUACGACGGCACCAAGGUGGACCUCGUGCCGGUCAGCGAGAGCGUGGACAGGAGGGACUUCUUCGACAACGGCGAGUGGGAGAUCGUGGGGGCACGCGGGGCACGGGGCGCGCGCGCUGAUGGUCCCCUGCACUACCCCUUCGUGGCCUACUCUCUGGUGCUGCGCCGCCUGCCACUCUUCUACACGCUCUUCCUGCUCGUGCCCUGCCUCGGCCUGUCCUUCCUCACCGUCCUCGUCUUCUACCUGCCCUCCGACGAGGGCGAGAAGCUCUCCCUGUCCACCUCUGUGCUGGUGUCGCUCACCGUCUUCCUGCUGGUCAUCGAGGAGAUCAUCCCGUCCUCGUCCAAGGUCGUCCCGCUCAUCGGGGAGUACCUCCUCUUCAUCAUGGUCUUCGUCACGCUGUCCAUCCUCGUCACCGUCUUCGUCAUCAACGUCCACCACCGCUCCUCGUCCACACACCGUCCGCCGGCCCCUUGGCUGAAGCGGCUGUUCCUGCAGAUGCUGCCCCGCAUGCUGGGUAUGAAGGGCCGCGGGGAGCACUGCGUCCCCCCUGUGGGCAGACCCGUCCGGAGAGGAACAGCCCUCUGGAGAAAGCAGCAUGGGCAGAGCAGCAGCGGGGAGGAAGGCCUGGUUGCCUUCCUGGAAAGGGCCGCGGACUCCAUCAGGUAUAUUUCCCAGCAUGUGAGGAGAGAGCAUCUUAUCCGCCAGGUAGUGCAAGACUGGAAAUUUGUAGCUCAGGUUCUUGAUCGAAUCUUCCUGUGUCUGUUCCUUAUUGCAUCAGUCACAGGCUCAAUUCUGAUUUUUACCCCCGUGUUGAAGAUGUGGCUGCGUAGCUACUACUAAGACAGACUCUCCAGAUCAACCUAAAAUAUAUCACAUGAAGA